UGUUAAUGGAAUUCUUUGCUUUGUNGUCGAUAAGAAUCGUUCUGGGUAUUUAUGGAAUCCAGCUAUUGGUGAAUUAAAGGCCAUUCCUCAUAGUCCAAUUGAGUAUUUACCAUUUCAUGUCUUUCCUAUAAUGACAUAUUUGGGCUUCGGUUAUGAUUGCAUUGGAGAUGAUUAUAAGGUGAUUAGAAGUAUGCAACCUGAUACCAGGNAAGACCAGGAUUAUACUGAAUGGGAUUACACACCCUUAUGUGAGAGUUAUAGCUUAAGAAGUAACUCUUGGAGAAAAGUUAAAAUUGAUGUCAAUAUUUUAGAAGAUUAUGGAACUGAUGGUAAUUUCUACCUUGANGGAAUGUGUCAUUGGUUAUCUCAAAUUGAUGGUGAUGUAUGUUUGAUAUCAUUUGACAUGAGCAGUGAGACAUAUUAUACAACUCCUACACCCAUAGACAUACCUUUAGACAUAUGUAAUGAUUCUGAUACAGAUCAUGCGUUGAGGUACGUGUUUCUCUUAAAUGGGUCAAUUGCUUUGAUGUCAAAUUAUGCAUAUAGCACUACAUUUUACAUAUCAAUUUUGAUUGAACUUGGUAAGAAAGAAACAUGGAAUAAACUCUUCACUCUUGGACCCUUACCUUCGAUUGCAAGACCUAUUGGAGCAAGGAGUAUGUGCAAGAUACUCUUCAAAACAAAUGAUGGUGCACUAGUUUGGUAUGACUUAAAUACCCACAAAAUAACAAAGGUUGAUCUCAAAGUACCCAAUGGUGCAUUGUUUAUGGUUAUUUAUAAGUAA